AUGUGCUGGCAAACUCGGGUGUCGGCUCACAGGGGCGGCAGUCGACCAAGAUGUGGUGGACUCAUGAUCACAACGAUAUGGACGAGAGGGCUGAGAGAAUUGUCUAUAAGAAGCCAUUACCAUCCCUCUCUCAUCAGCCAGUUCUACAUCUUCAUCCUCACCUUCACCCUCAAGCGUCCAGGAGACCAACUCAGCACCUUCUUCUAUUCACAUCUAUCUUUUCCAACCUCCCGCCGGCAGGGUCCCCUUUACAACCUCUAUCACUUUAUUCACUUCUUCAAAAAACACCAACCUCACCUCCUCAUCAUGUCUCCCUCUCUCACCACCCUUCUCACCCUCCUCCUCCCGGUCCUCCCCCUCGUCACCGCCCAUGGCGCCAUCGUCCAAGCAACCGGCAACGCAGGCGGCUCCGGCAUGGCCCUCGGCAUCGACACCACCACUCCCCGUGACGGCACCCGCCGCCGUCCCUUCCAGCAGGACUCCACCCGCUUCCGUGGCUCGUCUGCUCAAACCUUUGGCGAGACGAUCGGUGCCGGCGAUAACCAGCUUGAAGCCGGCACGAGGGCUAUUCUCGCUGAGACAGGAGACCAGCUUCCCCAGGUCACCCCAGGAGGUGAGGUCUCGAUGAUGCUUCACCAGGUCAACGCCGAUGGCGGUGGUCCCUACCAGUGCAUGAUCAAUGCCGAUGCCACAGGCCAACAAUGGUCCAACAUCCAAGUCACACAAAAUGUCCCAGGGCGCAACUCUCGCAAUCGGCAAGGACAAACUACCGCUUUCCCCCUGACGGCUAGCAUCCCCGCUAACCAGCAGUGCACGGGGACUGUCGCUGGUCAGGAGAAUGUCUGCCUUGUGAGGUGCCAGAACAGCGCCAGAGCUGGACCGUUCGGGGGUGUUGUGCCGGUGCAGAUGGCUGGCGCAGCUGGUAACAACAACGCUGACAACAAUGUGGAGGUUGGCAAUGGAAACAACGGCACUGACACUGGAGCUGCGAACGCCAGACGCCUCCUCGCUCGCAGCGUGAAGGCGUCGGAGAUGAAGCUGCAGGCGCUCAUCCAAAGGGCGGUCGAGCUUGAUGGUGAUUUGAGGGAUCCCGAUGUGCUGGCUGAGUUCUUGGAGGACUUUGAGGCUUAA